AUUCUUUUUCUCCUCUUCCAUUCUGCCCAGAAUGGUGCUGGAAGGAAACCCUGACGUGGGGUCCCCCCGAACCUCAGACCUCCAGCACCCUGGGAGCCAGGGCUCCUGCAUCCUCUCUUCUGGUGAAGAUGUGCAGCCAGGCGAGGAGCCCAUCAAGUAUGGCGAACUCAUCGUCCUGGGAUGCUGUGAGGAAGGAGGUGAGGAAACCGAGGCUCAGAGAGGGGAAGUGACUGGUCCAAGGGCACACAGCUGCUACAAUGGUUGUCUAUCAAGUGGGGACAAGGGCCGCCGGCGAAGCCGCCUGGCACUGAACCGCAGGCCACAUGCCAACGGAGUGAAGCCAGACGUCAUGCACCAUAUCUCCACGCCGCUCGUCUCCAAGGCACUGAGUAACCGGGGCCAGCACAGCAUCUCGUACACACUCUCCCGGAGCCACUCGGUCAUAGUCGAAUACACACACGACAGUGACACAGACAUGUUCCAGAUCGGCCGCUCCACAGAGAACAUGAUCGACUUUGUGGUAACAGACACGUCUCCUGGAGGAGGGGUGGCCGAGGGCCCCUCUCCCCAGAGCACCAUCUCCCGCUAUGCCUGCCGCAUCCUGUGUGACCGACGGCCGCCCUAUAUUGCCCGCAUCUAUGCCGCCGGCUUCGAUGCCUCCAGCAACAUCUUCCUUGGAGAGCGGGCAGCCAAAUGGCGGACCCCCGAUGGCCUGAUGGACGGCUUAACCACCAAUGGGGUCCUGGUGAUGCACCCAGCGGGCGGCUUCUCUGAGGACUCGGCCCCAGGUGUCUGGCGGGAGAUCUCAGUCUGUGGGAACGUCUAUACUCUGAGGGACAGCCGCUCGGCACAGCAGCGGGGGAAGCUGGUGGAGAACGAGUCCAAUGUGCUGCAGGACGGCUCCCUCAUCGACCUGUGCGGGGCCACGCUCCACGCCUUUGCACCCUGCGGCCAUGUCUGCUCUGAGAAGACUGCCCGCUACUGGGCCCAGACGCCACUGCCCCAUGGCACUCACGCUUUCCAUGCCGCCUGCCCCUUCUGUGGGGCCUGGCUCACCGGCGAGCAUGGCUGUGUCCGCCUCAUUUUCCAGGGACCACUGGACUAG